AUGGCCGACAGGAAGAUUCGCCAGGCGGAUGGGGUGCUCAAAGUCGUGCCCGAUCCUGGGCAGGUCGCGUUACCCGUUGAGGGAGAGAAGAACGUCUUGAUCACUUCUGCGCUGCCAUAUUGUAACAACGUCCCUCAUCUUGGCAACAUUAUCGGAAGUCUUCUGAGUGCAGACGUCUACAGCCGAUACUCCCGUACUCGGAACCGGAGAACGCUCUUCAUCUGCGGCACGGAUGAAUACGGAACGGCCACUGAGACACAAGCGCUCAAGGAGAACUUGACGCCCAAGGCUCUAUGCGACAAGUACAACGCGCUACACGUCGAGACGUACAAGUGGUUUGACCUGGCCUUCGACCAUUUCGGUCGUACGUCUGCGCCCAAACAUACAGAGAUCAGCCAGGAGAUCUACCUCAACCUCAAGAAGAAUGGCUACCUCAUCAAGCAGGAGAACGAGCAGACGUUCUGCGAGGGUUGUGACAAGUUCUUGGCCGACCGCUUCGUCGAGGGGACCUGCCCACACUGUAGCUACGAAGACGCCCGAGGCGACCAGUGCGACAAAUGCGCGCGCACGCUCGAUGCGGUCGAACUCAUCAACCCGCGUUGCCUCAUCAACAAGACGCACAAAAUCGUCACACGCUCCUCGGCGCACAUGUAUGUCCGUCUCGACCUACUCCAGCCCAAGACGGAGGCAUGGAUCAAGGAGAGCUACGCCAAGGGCAAGUGGUCGCAGAACGCUGUUAUCUCGUCUAGUGGCGAGAUUGUCGAUGCCAGGUUGAAGGCGGGCAUGAGGCCUAGCCCGGUGACGCGUGAUCUGAAGUGGGGUAUCCCUGUACCAGUACCGGAGGACGACCCUGACCAGGACAUGAAGGGCAAGGUACUCUACGUUUGGUUCGACGCCUGCAUCGGCUAUCCUAGUAUCACCGCCGACCUGACCGACGAUUGGAAGCAAUGGUGGUUCAACCCCGAGAACGUCGACCUGUACCAGUUCAUGGGCAAGGACAACACGUAUUUCCACACCAUCUACUUCCCGUCCGUGCAGAUCGGCGACGGUCGCAACUGGACGAAGCUACACCACCUGUCGACGACAGAGUACCUCAACUACGAGGGCGGCAAGUUCUCAAAGAGCCACAAUCGUGGUGUCUUCGGGCCUAUGGCGAAGGAGACGGGCAUCCCGCCAUCGGUGUGGAGGUAUUAUCUCAUCUCUGCGCGCCCGGAGAAUGCCGACUCGAUGUUCUCGUGGUCCGAAUGCGUUGCUGCCAACAACAACGUCCUCCUGAACAACUUCGGCAACUUCGUUAACCGCGCGCUCAAGUUCAUCACUGCGCAAUACAACGGCGUCCUCCCCGAUUCCCCCGAUGUUCCCGGCCCCCUCUCACCAAACGACCCCGUCGACGCAGGCUUCAUCACCGACGUGAACGCUCUCCUGCGCGAGUACGCUGACAACAUGGACGCCGUAAAGCUCCGUGCAGGCCAGCAGCUCGUCAUGGCCCUUUCCGCCCGCGGAAAUGAGUACCUCCAAGCCUCCGGUCUUAACAAGGCGCUCAUGGCCUCGGACCCCUCGCGCUGCGCACAAGUCCUCGUCCGCGCCGCCAACCUGAUCUACGCUCUUUCCGCCCUUGCCGAGCCGUUCAUGCCCGCCACUGCCACCGCCAUGCUCCAACAGCUCAACGCGCCGGCACGCGCAGUACCGCUCGAGCUCUCCAUUGAUCUUCUCCCCGGACACAAACUCGGCACGCCCGAGCAUUUGUUCAAGAAGAUCGAUGAAAAGAUGGCGGAUGUAUGGAGGGAUAAGUUCGCGGGUAACAAGCCCGCGGGCGAGGAGCCUGCUCCGAGCGCUGAUGCGACGCAUGUCGCGCCGGGGAUGUCGAAGCGUAAGGCGGGCAAAGCUGCGAAGGACGCGAAGCAGGCUGAGCGCACGGGUCCCAAGAGCGCGGAGGUGCUCGCGUGGGAGGCGAAGGUUGCUGAACAGGGGAAUGUGGUGCGCGCGGCGAAGGCGAAACCUAAGAGCCCGGAGAACGAUGCGGAGGUUGCGAAGGAGGUUGAGACGUUGAAGAAGUUGAAGGCGGAGCUUGCUGCUUUGCCUUGA